CGAUUCAUAAACAAAUCUCCACUCGAAACUCCACUCGACUCCAAAAUCUCCACUCGAAACUCCAAAAUUUACUCGAGAUCUCGAGUCUGCGCCGGAGCUACCUUGAACGGCCACUCGAGUCACUCGAGUGCGUUCAGUGUCAUGGCGGCCGACGCAUCGUUCGCCGACUUCGUCGACUUCGUGUUAAGAACGGACGAAGUUCUUCACGACGACCGAGACCCCGACCAGGACGUCGAUGUGCCGAGACGACGUUGCCGGGACCGGCUCAAUCCGCUGGAGCAUUUCAACGAUUGGGAAUUCCUGGUGCGCUAUCGGUUUACAAAAUCGACAGUUGUAAGCCUCCUGCAGUGCCUGCCGCUGGAAGCAAACGAGAGCAGUCGCGGCCUGCCACUGUCCCCGAUGCUCCAGCUCCUCGUAGCGCUAAGAUUUUAUGGCGCCGGGACUUUUCAAGUAGUCACGGGCGACCUCGUAAACGUGUCGCAGCCGACGGUGUGCCGCGUAAUCGAGCGCGUCUCCCGGGUCCUCGCCGAGACUCUCUUCCCCCGCCUCGUGGAUUUCCCGGAGGGCGACUGCGACGAGGUCAUGCGGGAUUUCUACAACAUCGGGAAGUUCCCCAGUGUGACUGGGUGCAUCGACUGCACCCACGUCAAAAUAAAGGGACCUGGCGGUCCCAAUGGGGAAGUCUUCAGGAACAGGAAGGGGUUCUUCUCCCUCAACGUGCAGGCCAUCACAGGACCCCAGCUGCAGUUUUUCGACCUUGUUGCUAGAUGGCCAGGCUCCGUGCAUGACAGCAGGAUAUUCGAUAACAGUCGUGCAAGGGUCCUGUACGAGAAUCGGCGCAUCCCUGGCCUGCUGCUCGGAGAUGCAGGCUAUGCCUGCAUGUCAUUUCUUCUGACGCCCCUGACCAGCCCAGGUGUAGCCAACAGCCCAAAGGGCAGGUAUGUACUAGUUUGUUGGAAGAAAUAAUGGCAUGAAAUUCAGAACAGCUAACAAGAAGUGAUGCUGUAGCCACAGUGUUCCUAUUGGUUACUAUUAGUUCUGCAAAUCUUUGUCACAGCUAGAUUCACGACCUUUGGGCCUUUGUAUGGCAAAAAAAGCUGGCAUUAUUCACUUCCUGUGGACAAAUUUUUGUUUCAAAAGUAUGUAGCAUACAACAUUUUAGUUCUAUUUUUAUUUUCCUUGAGAACAUUUGUUCUUCCUCGUCACAGUUAGCCGGUGUCAAUUGUUGCUUUUUGUCACUAGAAUUGGACUAGGGCCAAGAACUUGAAUUAAGACGGUAAUGUAGAAAACACCAGCCAAAACCACUGUAUGCAGGACAGUAGCCUCUGGUAAGCAAUAGAAAAUGCAGCUAGCAUGGAUGGGCCGCACUGUACAGGUUACUGAACCAUACUGAUGGUUGCAGCAGUGGCGAUUUUUACACCUGAAGACCUUUAUCUUGCAACGUUGCUUCCAUUACCAAUGCUGCACCAUAUAGGUACCAAGCAACUCACCUAAAAACAAGGAACUCGGU